UUUCUUCCGCUCAUCCCCCCUCUCCGAGUCAUAUCAUCUGCACACUCCAACAAAGUUUCCAUGUGCAUGCCAGAACUCAAAAGCGGUAGAUUGGAUCAACUAAUUCUCUGACUGGAUUCCUCUUCUUCAGUCCUCUCUACCAUGACAGUUGCAGCGCCUCCUGUAGCACCCGUGCACGAGAAUGGCAUGAACGGAGGUGCCCCCGGACAUCAUGUCAACACUAUGAGCCUCCCCCGUUUCCAUCCAAUCGCAAUGAAUCCGCCGCAACCAAUCCCGCCAGAACAUAUGAUGCCUGCCCAUCAUCAAUUUCGUCCUUUCCACCCCCCUCCACUGCAGGAACAGGGUCCGCCUGCACCUGGUCCGCCGGGUCAACCAUUUCAGAUAGAUCAUAUUGAGGCUCGCCUCAGGCAACUGGAACAUGAAGAGGCGGCUCGCAUGGCGGCCCGUAGUCAUCUUCUCGCCAUCCGGAAGCGAGAGGACGAGGAAUUUCGUAGGAUGACUGAAAAUGCGGAAGCAGAAGAAGAGGAACUGCGUAGGCAACGGAAACGAAUUAAGCGGGAGUCAAUGGGACUGGGAUUUAAUGCAAGCCUGGACUCUCCGCCGCUUCGACCAACGCCGCCUCGCCGAUUAUCGGAAACCAAUGCAGCGACCACCCUUGCAUUCUUCAAGCAACAGAGCCCUCCGGAGCCUCGUCCAAUUCCCCCGCCAGCACAAGCGGCACCGCCCCAUCCUCCACCGCAACACAUUCACCAUGAUCCGACCGGUGCCACGUCAAUCCGACGGAAACAAAAAUAUACCAUAAAGAAUGUUGAAGCUUGGGGGGAGCGUCAUGGACGUCCGGCCGCGCAUGACCCUUCUGGACGGGCGCUCUGGAAGCGGCCGUCGGACGGCAGCUUGGUGUAUCUCACAUGCCCUGUUACGGGCUGCGGCAAGGCCGACUUCGUGACCUUGCAUGGCUUCAUGUGCCAUUUGACCAAAAAGCACAAGGAUCGUAGCCUGGGCAGUCAAUCCCGGGCGCUUGAGGUGUGCGGUAUAGUGUUUGAUCCUAACGCUCCGCUGCCACCCGUGGCUACCGUGAACCGGGCAUCUACUGAAGAAAGUCGCCUGGAAUCGGGUCCUGCGGAUGGCGAGGGAUAUCAGCAGGAGAUGGAAUAUUCUUCUGCGUCAGAUGAGGAGGAGAGUCGGGAGGUCCCUGUGAAAACGGAGGCCUCAGAUAGGACACUGCCUGCGCCGCCGGCGGCCAUGCCUCCGGCGCCGGAGCAAAUACCAGUGCCGAGAAUGAACGGCUCAACUAAGCAAUCCAUCUCAUCGAUUAUCGAUCGCGACCCGGAGGAUGAACCCCGCGGGCGACUAAGCUCAAUCCCGCCUCGGCCGGCUGAGGCACCAAUCCAGGCGUCCCCGGAUCAAAAGCCCUCGAUCAAGGACGAGGCCGAGUUUCCUCGGCCACAUGAGACCGAGAAAGAGAAUACUGACCCUAAAGACACAACCGAGGCAAAGUAAUAUAUACAAAUACAUCAUAAUUACUGGUUAUUUUCAUUGCGUUGGCCUGUGAUCAGGCAAAACUUGCAUUUUUAUCACCUUGCAUAG